AUGCUACCCCUUCUGAGUGCCGUGAGGUUCUCGCUCCUAGGGGUCUUCUUGUUUCAAUGUCCACGAACACAUGCACAACUCCUCGACGACGCGCUCUUGCGGCAGCUCGGUCUGGCUGGGAUGCGCAUCGAGCCGGGGCCGAUGAGUGAUGGUCCUGCUGUCAUUGUUCCACUCUCAACACCUACUCUCCCAACUGCAACGUCUACUUCAGAUAGCGUCUCUGUCACUUCAACCGCGCCAGUUACCAGCAUCAGCAUUUCUGUAUCGGCUAGCCAGAGUUCGGAGUUAGUUGUGCCCACCACGGUGGCUGUGAACGCAACCAACGCGACGAACUCCACAUCCACAGCUCCUGCGAAGAGGGCACUUCUCCAGUGUCUCAAGACGUCCGUCGAAGGGUCUUGCACGAACCUCGCGUCGAACUGCUUGGAUUCGGUCAAUGAUGGUAAUCGAAACAACCUCUGGGGUAUUCGUUCUUGUGUUCUCGCCGCGACUUGUUAUGGGGUCGGCGAUCUCAUAUCGAGCGUUCGAUGCCAAACUGGAUUCACAAUAACAAAUGCUGAUCAAGGAUCCCUGGAUUACAAUAUCUAUGCCGCCGCUGUAGGUGAUUGUGCGUGGGCGCCUGGGGGAUGCCCUGUCACCCAGCAGAAUUUUAUCGAUUGGUUCUACACCACGCUGAGUUCAAUCAAUACGUCGUCCUGGCCCAGCUCUGUCGACGUCGUUAUUGGGUAUUGGUCCGCUAUAAGGUCCUGGACGGCAACUGGUGAUACCGUUCCAUACGUUAAUUUAAAUGACUGGUACCAUUUCUCAAGCUUCCCCACUGCACCACCCACAACAACGUCGAACGUUCCAGUUUACACUCCUAUUGCUUGGAAUCCGAACCCGAUUCCUCCCGUUACCGCUAUCUCUCAGACUUUCGUCGCAGCUGGAACAACCGUAGUAAUCCCAAAACCGACCACUGUUACUGUCACCGUUACUGUAGCUGGUUCGACUUUGACUGUCGCUCCAGGAGGACAAGUCGUCGGAACUGUGCCCACAGGUGUUUCGCAACCAGAAGCUGUGCCUCCCGUUUGGAAUAACAACCCCAUUAUUCCGACCACAACUGGCUCAGCUACUUUCAUCUCGGGAACCUGGACAAGCAUUGUCGCUCUCCCGACUUCGACCGACACGCCGGUGACAGUCAACGGACCUCCAGAUGACGGCGACGACGACGACAGCAAUGACUCCUGGCUUCUCGUCCUGCUCGCCCUUCUCCUUGGGGGUGGUAUGGGGAUUGUGGGCUCGGUGCCAGCCUCUGUCGCGGUCAUUGGCGCUGUGUUCCCAGCACCCGUUCCCCCGCCCGGAUGGCCAGAGGAUGGACCCUGGGUUCCACCCGUCGUAUCACCGCCUCCUGGAGGCAACGGGCCUACCGAACCCGAUCCGGACGAUCCGGACGACGAUGAUGGUCCUGACGACCCGGAUGUGUGUUACUGGACGCUGCCGCCUUUUGACUCGCCGUACGACGGAGAAUCAGGGCCGGAUCCCGACGAGGACGAGGACGAGGCGUUCGUCAGACGGGCUGCCAUCAACUACGGGAAUUAUGGGAAUUCGACGAACACGACGGUUACAUUUUCACGUCUGUUCCGCAGGGCUGACAAACGAAGGAUCAGACUUGGAUCCUGCAAUGAAGACCCAGAAGAGAAAAACCCUCAGAGUCUCCUUGUAUCGACGUGGUAUUCAAUCAACAACCCAGCAGUGAAUCCUCCUGUAGCGACUUCCAACACUGCCCUUUACAUUACUGUUGAUGCUAGACAUACGUCAGGAGACGGACGAGUCAAGGAACACCUUUUCGGAUUCCAAUAUGUCACAGAAUUCUUCAGGGAAGAGUUCCCUAACAAUGCAGAUUGUACCUGGCUCAAGACCGAUGUAUGGGACGUAGAUCCUGAUGGGAACGGACCACUUAGAACUCAAAUGAUCACUACCAUCGAUCAGAGGACCAAUAUGGUGUGGGCUGACCGAGCCCUUAAUCGAGCCAAAUCUUACGUGGUAAACAAUGACCGGCCGCUGGCAUCCUUACCGCCUUUCGAUAAAGAAAUCAAGGCAAUUGCUGACCUUCAGCCCGGGAAUCCUACGUCGAGGAAGAAUGCCGGGGAGGUGCAAACUCUCAUCAGGGCGUUUGGUGGACUUGCACAAUACUUUAAUCUCAAUGCCGCGGAAUUAAGGAGCACCGGUGCCAGAGUCCAGAGAUUGCUCGCCCUCGUGACCCCCACAACGCCGCUUUAUCCCCCGUUGGACACCCGCUUCAACAACUUUCUUUCGAGAACCUAUGGACUUUAUACCGCUCGGACAACUUCACGAGGUAUCAAUAUGCUGAAUGCGUUCAAUGGGCGUCUCGACACCUUGCUAGCUCAAGCCUCAAACACCAAUCCUCCACCCACUGUACCACCAGUCGUUCCUCAGUGCUGGCCCGUUUACCAUGACCAAGGCAUUGUCGGUCGAAUUUUAGGCUCUACUAUCAAUGCACAGGCUCUUGUCCCAGCUCCUAUCCCCCACCCACCAUGUAACACAGCUGGAGAGACCGGGUCUUUCAUCCUCUUCGAUGACGCGAAUGGUGGAGGGCCUGUCCUCUAUGCUGGUGACCCUCAACACAGAAUUCAAGCCACAGGGACGCAACACUACAUACUGCAGAAGCCCGGACGUCAAUACACUGAUACUCAUCUCGGUCCCUUUUACGGUCCGACGUGUAACGGAAUUUACUGGUUGGUUGCUCCGACAGCGACAGGCUCGCCACCGACCAAGUGGGGUAUGGAUUGUCCAAACGGGGCCGCAGGACCAGCAACGGCACGAGUGUAUCCUGUCGACCCAAACGGCAGUCGUCUCGCAUGCCUAUUCAACAAUCACAACGAUGGGACGAAUCGUUUCGAAAUCGAUUGCGGCCCAAACCAGCAGGCGGUUUUCAACUGCAUCACCCAUAUGAACACGCAAGAUGGUGUGAAUUGGGUCGCCUCAGUUCCUGAUCUCCGGUUCCGGGGGUGA